GCGUGGCGGCGGUAAUUACGACACUGCCGCAAGGCAAAAUGAAAAAACCCAACCCUGGCUGUUAUAUUUCGUUUGCCGGCGCUGGCACCCCUUUUCAUUGCGCAUGCGUGAGUUGCCCCAGACGAUAAUGGCAGCUUCAGUAGCAGCGACGGUGCCGUAAAGCAAAAUCAACAGCCGCGGCUGUCUGUCAUGAUUUCGCCAAUGAUGGCUGGCCUGCUUCCUUUCCAUUGCGCAUGCGUGAGAUGCCCUACCUGUCAUGGCGGCCGCAGUAGCGAGGGCCAUUGGGAGCAGGGCUUCCCUCAGGGGCUCAGGGGGAAGGCGGGCGCUGCCUGGCCGCGGCUCUUUCUCCUCUUCGCCGCCGGCCUCGUCUCCCUCCAGCACUGCAGGGCCGGGAAAGAGUGGCGCGGCCCCGUCCUCGGAAAGCCCGACUUCAGAUUUUUGUCCUCCUUCACAUUCUUGCCACGAUUGGAUUGGCCCUCCAGAUCGAUGUUCAAACCUCCGACCAGUAAUAUUUUAUAUUCCUAAGCACGAAUCCCCUUUGGAACGAAGACUAAGAGAGCUUAGACAAGAAACACAGAUUUGGAAUCAACAGUUCUGGGCGAACCAGAAUAUAUCAUUUAGAAAGGAAAAAGAAGAAUUUGUUUGCUCCAGAUUGAAAGCCAAAGGUCUACAGCUGAGAGAUGAAAGAGGCCAAAAAGCUACACUGAAUGCAGAAGAAAUGGCAGAAUUUUACAAAGUUUUUCUAAGUAAAAACUUCAAAAAACAUAUAUACUACAACAGGGAUUGGUAUAAACGGAAUUUUACCAUCACAUUCCUAAUGGGACAAGUGGCAUUUGUGAAAGCUUGGAAGAGACUUCGACUGAAAAAAGACUAAAGUGGAAAAGUAUCCAGUUACAACAUUGGAUAUAUGUGGUAAAAAAAGGUUUCACCAUUACCAGAAUCUAAAUUGCAGUGCUGUUUCUAAGUUCAAAUGGAAUCUGGGUGAAAUUCAGUUAGGUUCAGCCUUUACAAGUUCAGCCUUUACAAAGCCAACUGCUACUAUUUACAUUUACGGGCUAAAUCUGGUGUUAAUCUCAAGCAAAGUAGACAUGUUAAAUCAGGACGAUUUACAUAAAUGUCAUCCUUCCAAGUUCCCAUUACUCUAUUUGGGAAAAGAGGUUAGAUUUAGGUGACAAUAUCCUACUAACUGAAAGCAAACAUUGGGAUGAUAACUGUACCUAACAGUGGCACUGAAAAAUCAGUUUGCAUACCGCCCUGAUAAUUGCCAUCUUGACAUGCAAGCAACCAGAUGUGGCCAUGUACCAAAUGAAGACCUGACAGUGUUUUCCAGCCAAUAUAAAAUGUCAACAGGUUGGUUUCACACAUUAAUACCUCAUAAUAUAAACAUCAAAGAAGACCUCCUAAUUUUUUAGAAGACAGUUUUUUCUGGAGCUUGCAUCACUAUGCUGUGUGGUUUCAUCUUCUCCCUUGACGAGAACAAAAUAUAGUAGUCCUCCUUCUUCCUAUUUAUAUUAAUUCUCUCAUGUUAUAUUGCUGUAUCUUAUGUUUUUAAAACCAUCACUUAAGUACCAGGGCUUGCCUCCUACUUUAAGUAGCGCAUAAGUAAAUGUAUCAGUCUUCAGGGUUUUCUGGAGAAGGGCAUAGUCAAAGUCUCUGUACUAAUUUAAUUUCAUUACUGAAGACAGGCAGGAUAAUGUUAUAGGAAAUGUCCUUGUUUUCUCUCUAGGCAGAUUCUGCUUGUAUUUUUUUUUCUGGCCUUAUGUAUUAGGAAAAAUGUAUACCAGGCAAGUAUAUCAAAGGCAUAGUGCUGCAUUAUUUUGAGUGCAUCUAUCUACUUUAAUUACAUAAAUAUGGAGACUUAAAAGCAAAUAUAUACCCUCAACUUAAUUAGUCUAAGUGGGACCUCAGGUUAUUUUCCCCCCUCUCUUUCAUUUUUUAAACCAAAGAUGAAACCUAAUAUUGGCUUGUUCUACUAAAAUUAUUUUUUCCAAUUUUUAUUAAUAUACAGUGACUGAAAGAUGCAUAAAAUCAGCACAGCAAGAAACACACAAAAUGUAACAUCUUCCAAUGUUAGCUAGACCAGUUACUGUUAAAUUAUAUUAAAACAUUUUAGUAUAUCUUUUUUGUAGAUGUGGUUUGAAAAGACAUUGUAUAGUUUUUCUACAGUUCUGCUACAGAGGUAUAUUGCAUGUUUUCAGUAGUGCUACAGACCUCAGGACAGUGUUAUUUGCGGAUUAAAUUGUAAUCAAUAAAUUACGGAGCUUGAUGAUUCCUUAAUUAUGAUGUGAAUAGGCUUGAAAUUAUCCAAAUUUACAUCUUAUUUGUCAAUACAAACUAUGAAUAAUAGUAAAAAUAAAGCAUGUAAAGGUGUUUUCAUACAACUCUCAAUUGAAAGGCUUAACAAUUGCAGCAAAAUUGAACAACUGUGAAAAAAAAUCCCGCUAAUAAAAAUAUUUAUUUUAAA